UUUUAAACCGAACGUAACGCCGGAGCCAGACGCAUACGCAUGCUGAUCGGUCCAGUUUAGAUGCGCAGAAACCGUCCCGAGCUCCGAUAACGCAGUCUGAAUCUAAACUGAAGUGCUUUAGAGAGGUCAUUGCUCUGAUUCAGACAGAAUCGCAAAGCGUAUUUAUCAUUUGAAUAUAGGGUGGCCGAACUAUACGAACGUGCAUUUGGUACAUAAACUGUCGAGCGGCAGUGGCCAGAGCGGCUUGGAUUGGUAGAAAAUCGGACAAAGCCACGCGCUCGGGUGACCUUCGAUCGGUUUCGAGCACCCCAAAGAGGACAACGGAGGUGUGUGUGUGGCCACACGCGGAGAAGGAACACUUGAGGCCAGGAACAUCGACCGAUAGCGGCGCAUCCCACCGACAAUGAUUGCCAGUGUCGAGGAGAUGCGGAACCAGGCGCACGGCCUCUGCCGAGACUACCUGCACGGCGCGUGGCAGCUCAUCUCGCCAGAUGACAUGGUCAUCAAACCCAUCAGCGGCGGAAUGAGCAACUUUUUGUUUCUGUGCGAGCUGCCCGACGAUCAGCAGCCGUUGGCCGGGGAGCCGUGUCAGGUGCUGCUCAGGAUGUAUGGACAGGUGCAGGACGGGGGCCACGAGUCUAUCACGGAGUCGGUCAUCUUCACACUGCUGGCCGAGCGGAGACUCGGGCCCAAACUGUACGGCAUCUUCCCCGGGGGAAGGCUGGAGGAGUUCAUUCAGGCCUCCUCUCUGCGGUACAGUGACCUGCGCUCUCCCGAGGUCAGCCGUCAGAUCGCCCGUCAGCUGGCCACGGUCCACUCGCUAGACGUGCCCAUCUGCAAGGAGCCCAGGUUCAUCUGGCAGAUGAUGAAAAAGUGGAUCCGGAUGACCAAAGAGUGUCUGGACGACCGAACCAUGGCAGAGCACGCCGACAAGGUGGAUGUCAUCAAAUCACUGCGGCUGGUCAGCUUCGAACAGGAAAUGGAGUGGCUCAAGCGGUAUUUCGACCGAGUACCAUCUCCGGUGGUAUUCUGCCACAAUGACCUCCAGGAGGGCAACGUACUCCGGCACAGCGACGUCAAGGGAGGUCGGCAGCGACUCACACUGAUCGACUUCGAGUACUGCAGCUACAACUACCGUGGCUUCGACCUGGCCAACCACUUCUGCGAGUGGCUGUACGACUACUCCUCGCCGCAGCCGCCCUUCUUCACGGAGCACCCGGACCGAUGGCCGAGUCGGGAUGAACAGCUGCGCUUCAUUCGCGCCUACCUGGAGCACCGCUUCAAGACUGCGGCCGUGGACGACGACGACGAACACCCGGUGAUGGACAAGGAGCAGCUGCAGCGAGAGGAGGAGAGCAUGCUGGACGAGAUCAACGUCUACAGUCUGGGCUCGCACCUGUUCUGGGCCGUCUGGAGCAUCACCAACGCGGCCACCUCGUCCAUCAACUUCGGAUACUGGGAUUACAGCCUGUGCCGACUGAAGGCAUACCAGCGACAGAAGCAGCACCUCAUGGAAAGUGACCCGCGCUGUCCAAAGAUGGCACAGGGCGUGAAACGGAACCUCGACUAGAGGUCAUCUCCCAUGACCCGGUAUCGGGUCAGACAAGUCUUGAUGAGCUCAGUACGACGGAUGUAUGACUGGCUCUUGCAGCGACGGUCGCGCCGAGACAAGGCGUCAGCUUGGAGCCCAAACCGCGGCACGCGUGGACACACUAGGUGGCGGUUGGGUGCGAAGCGGGGAAAUAGCAGAGGGCGAUACGGUAAGUACCAACCAUUGAGGAGCUACCGUCUCGAGUGGAGGCUCAGGGCUCUACAGGGGAGCAUCACGGAUGGCACAUUACAAGUUACAGCGAUGCUAUGUUGAGCGCUCAGUGUGUAUCGGCUGCACAAAUCCAAGCCAGCCAUUAGCGUAGAAGCCUCUGGGGUGCAAAGAUUACCACUCAGCAGCCAGCAGGGUAGAGACUAGAUGUGCCAUUGCUCACAACCGAUCGCGAGACGAAUUACGUGCCUUACUGGACCCAUCAGCCACUAAAUGGUAGAACGAGUGAUCCAUUAAAUGUGUGUCUUCUUCGUGGGCUGUGUUUCAUGUGCGCAUUCCUAAUCAGCGACUAGCGAGUACCUCAUGUGCACCCAUCGGAGACCAAGAAGAGUCUGUUUGUGAGUAUGGGUUGUGAAUAGACUUCAGAGCGCUGUAGACUGCAGUUCACUACUGUGCAAGCGAUAAUUGGUCAGUGAUUGGUUUUAGAUGUGAAAGUGUUUGAAUGGAGAGAAAUGAUGUAUUGAUCAUGUUAGUUUUAGAAGAGAGUGGUCAGUAUUAGAAGUCUGUCAGACCAGACGAUUUGUCUUCAAUUUCUCUGUAAAUACGAGUGAAUGGGGCUGACAUUACAAACGAUUAUCAUAUCACAAUCUCGAUUAUCGCUUUGAAAACGUAUAAGCAUGUAGGUAGUAUGAUUGCCUGCUGUUGGCAUGUCUGGCUGGGACCAAAGCAGAUGGUCCAUCAAUAUGCAACUGUGGCGUGCAAUUACGAUUGGAUUCAUCGAUCAGGGUGAUCACCAUUGUUUGUGAAUCCUGCAAUGGAAUAGUGAUAACACAACGCGCAUUAUUUACAGCUCACCUGGUCCAAUACGUGGAGCUUACCAGGGAAGAGGGAACACAGUGAAGUGUUUGUGAAUCAAGGAAUGUGACAUGGCUGUAAAAUAAACCGUGAGCAUGGAAAA